GUCCUCAUGGGAAAGAGGAAAAAUACAUGCACUGAGUGUGGAAAAACCUUCACUUACAGCUCAGCCCUUUCUGUUCAUCAGAGAAUCCACACAGGGGAGAGGCCCUAUGAAUGCAGUGAAUGUGGGAAAACCUUCACUUGCAGCUCAGCCCUUUCUAAACAUCAGAGAAUCCACACAGGGGAGAGGCAGCCCUAUGAAUGCAGUGAGUGUGGGAAAAGCUUCAUUAGCUGUUCAGGCCUUUCUAAACAUCAGAGAAUCCACACAGGGGAGAGGCCCUAUGAAUGCCGUGAGUGUGGGAAAACCUUCAGUCGCAGUUCAGGCCUUUCUAAACAUCAGAGAAUCCACACAGGGGAGAGGCUCUUUGAUUGCAGUGAGUGUGGGAAAACCUUCACUUGCAGCUCAGCCCUUUCUAUUCAUCAGAGAAUCCACACAGGGGAGAGGCCCUAUGAAUGCCGUGAGUGUGGGAAAAGCUUCAUUAGCAGUUCAGGACUUUCUAAACAUCAGAGAAUCCACACAGGGGAGAGGCCCUAUGAAUGUCAUGAGUGUGGGAAAAGCUUUAUUACCAGCUCACACCUUUCUAAACAUCAGAUAAUCCACACAGGGAAGAGGCCCUAUGAAUGUCAUGAGUGUGGGAAAACCUUCAAUUACAGAUCAAUCCUUUCUCGACAUCAGAGAAUCCACACAGGGGAGAGGCCCUAUGAAUGCAGUGAGUGUGGGAAAACCUUUAUUACCAGCUCAGACCUUAUUAGGCAUCAGAGAAUCCACACAGGGAAGAGGCCCUAUGAAUGUCAUGAGUGUGGGAAAAACUUGACUAGCAGCUCAGGCCUUUCUAAACAUCACAAAAUCCACACCGGUGAGAGACCUUAUAAAUGCAGUGAGUGUGGGAAAACCUUCAAUCACAGCUCACACCUUCUUACCCAUCUCAGAAUCCACACAGGUAUGCGACCCAAUGGAAGCAAUUAGUGUGGGAAAACCUUGUCUUGCCACUGAGCCCAUGUGAGCCAUCAGAGAAUCUGCAAGGGGGAUCAACACCAUAAACCCUCU